UGGCUACAGAACCCUUGAUAAAAGCCGUAUAUACACUAUACCAGCAGCGGAAUCUCCUCUUCCCGGUUCGUACGUUGCUUUUGAAAUUUUUCAGCCGAGUUUACCAAAAAGAAGAUUUGAGGACUCAAAGAAUCAGAAGUCGAAGUAAAGUUUUAUCUCGUUGGUUGGCUGGCUUACCUCAGCAACUUGCCCUCCUUGGCUUGAGGAACCCUGAGCUUUCGAAUCAGCUGAUUGACAUCAUUCAUUCCGCUGCUUCGCGUUCGAACAAGGAGUUACUACAAAGUUUACAAGCCACUGCUGCUCGAAUAUACGAUCCGCUGGACGGCACGCUGGUCCUGCUGCCGGCGGAGGCCCAGCGGCGGCUGGUGCAGCUGGUGUACUUCCUACCCUGCCUGCCCACCAGCCUGCUCGCCGGCCUCAGCCGCUGCUGCAUCAUGGGCAGGAUGUCCUCCGAAAUUAAAGAAACAAUUGUGGGAGUUCUUCACCUCAAAUCAUCCUUUGCAGGCUGGAAGUGCCAAGUGCAGGAUAAUUCAGUGAAUGAUGUGGACUAUUUCAGCUUCUUGUUUUCAACCCUUAUAGGGUUCUCAAGAGAGGAGCUGACUAGUCUCCAGGGCAUUAGAGGAAAACCACACAUUAGCCAGACACAGCUUUCACCUGUCCGUCUCUACCUAACUGAUCUGGACCAGUUUUUACACCACUGGGCUGUGACAGAGAUGAUCUGUCACAGCUUGUCCACUAUACCUUCACAAAGUCAGUGUUUUGACAUUCUCCAGACUGGCAUCUGUAAAUACCUGGUUGGUUUGGUUGUCAUCCCCGAUAGCACAGCUGGAUCUGUUCUAUGUGCCAUAAAUAAGCUCUUGGAUCAAGCUUGCAUCCUCAGUGAAAACCUGCACAAGUUCUUGGCCUCGUGUUGUUACAGUCUGCUGUACUUUCUGCUGACUCUAGACAAAGAGGAUGCAGAACAUGUACAGAAAAGGGACAUGCUGUGGGGAUCAUGUAUUUCUGCGUUAGCACUCCUGCCACGAUUACUGAGACUGAUGCUGCAAAGUCUGCAAGUGAGCAGGAUCUGCCGGGAAGAACUGCCCGUCGUCGCGCAGCUGCUUCGCUUACUAAUGCAGCACGGUCAGCUCAGGAGCCAUAUGAUCACAAACGAGUUUCUGGUGCAACAGAUUAUCAAGGACAUCAUGCUUUUAAAGGUCUGUAAUGUCCGUGAGCAGUGGCUGACAGACCUCCAUUACUGCUUCAACAUCUACCUUGCCUCUCACCCCCAGGGACCUGGCCCGAUGAACGCGGUGUAUUAA